GUUCAGAGUUAAAUUUAAGGUGGACUGACAUGUUUCUGCCUGGGUUUUUAUUUUGUCUUUUUAACAUUGUCAUGUCUGAAAACAAACUGACUUCUGUGGACUUUGAGAUUUUUGGGAAUGUGCAGGGUGUUUGCUUCAGAAUGUACACAGAGGAUCAGGGCCGGAGCCUGGGUCUGAGUGGCUGGGUGAAGAACACCAGACAGGGAACUGUGAUCGGUCAAAUCCAGGGACCUCAGGACAAAGUCCAAGACAUGAUGCUAUGGCUCAGGAGCGUCGGCAGUCCCAGUUCUCGGAUUGAUCGAGCUGUUUUCUCCAACCAGAGAGACAUUUCUAAACUGGAGAUCCACGGCUUCUCUACUCGCUACUAAGCAUGCUCAGACACCUCUGAAGUCACAAUAACAUCACAUUUUGUCAGUGAGAGUUAAUCAAUCAGUCAGCUUUGUUGAUUAUUUCAGUUAUUUAUCAGCAAAUCCUUCUCCCUCUCUUCUUCUGCUGUUUGUUCAGUGUUUCUCUUUUCUGAUUUAUUAAAAACCUUUUCACCCUC